AUGAGCGACAGCAACCAACCAUUUCUCGAAAACGCCUCGGCCGGACCCGAUAGCCCACCAGACUUGACUCCAGUAACAGGUUCCGACGGUGGACCAGAUGAACCCCCAGCAGACCUUCUCGCCAGUCAACAGAACGGGCUCGACGGCCUGCGCGCCAGGCGGCACCGCAAACUCCAACACAUCCGGCGCACCUUUGACCACCAGCGAACCCGGAUCCAGCAGUACUUCGCGCGGAGACGGGCCGAGGCGGCGGACGAGUACGAAAGCGACCUGUGCGACUGCCGCCUCAACUUCCUCUCAUUCCGCCGGUCCCUGCAGCUCGAGCUCGAGGACAUCCGCGAGCAGGAGCAGAACGGCAUCAUCGUCCUCCUCGAGGGCGAGCGCAUCGAGCGCGGUGCGGCCGAGCGUUGGCACGAUGGCCGGGAGAAGAAGUACAUCCAGGAGUGCCGCGAUGAAUGGGCCCAGAAGUGUCCCGCGACGCCGUUCUGGUACGAGGACUCCUGA